AUGCGCUAUCUUGAAUUAUUUUUUUGCUUGGCGUUAGCAGUAGCCGUGUCUGCGGCCCAGUCGUUACCAUCUCAGCAGCCAUCUUCCCUUUGUUCCCCCUCUGCAACGGAGUAUUUCAAAGAUGAGAUAAACUAUUCGCUUACACUUCAACAAAUGAUUGAUGAGGCUGAAAGCUUACAAAAUCCUGUUGUCUAUUUACCGCCUGGUAUUUUUACUUUGGAUCCUGCAACGCCUAUUAUCCUUAAACGGGGCGUCUCUUUGAAAGGUGAUCCAAAUAUGCCCAGUAUCUUAUCGGUGCGUACUGGUAUCAAUGACACAGGCUCUAUUGAAGUCUCUGAAGAUAAUGGAUCUUGGUCAAUUGAAGAUAUUGUGUUUGACAAUGUCAACAUCAUUGUUGCCGAGAACCAAAACGAAGAUAAUGCAGCCGUUCUAGGUAACUUAUUCUUCAACGGUGGUCGAGGCUCUGUCAUUGCUAAGAACGGCGGAAACUUACUCAUUGAUGGCAACAUUUUUUUGCGUGAUGAGCCCCAUGCUGGUACAGAGCUUAUACCAAACUAUAACACAACAAAUACAGGCAUUCUCUUCCAUACCCAAAAAAACAGUAUCAUUUCGAAUAAUAUCUUUGGCAUGGAUCUUCGUAAACUUGACGAGUUGGAACCUGUUAUCAACCCACAGUUGGCACGACCCAUGAGAAACCUCAGGUUCAUGCAUGAGUGCUUGAAUAAGUUUGAUUUAGCUGACGAACAAGGUUACAUUGCCUCAGGCAUUCAAAUGUACUCGACCCUAGACAUUACUAUUGCGCAAAACAUUCUGAAUGCUACAUUUCCUGAUACCAAGCCCAUUGCUCAAGACCACGGUAUUAGCGUUGUCGGUUGCAAUCGAACGAAUAUCUUGCAGAAUUUCUUUGCUGGUUGGCAAGUGGGCGAUUUUGGUGGUGGUGUUCGAUUUACUUCUACGGUUGACGCUUAUGUUAUUUCAAAUUACUUUGCUAAUGCCGGUGUCUACAUGUACGCUGCUGCUCAUGCUGACUACUUACAAGUCAGCAAUAUAGUUGUUUACAACAACUUUUUGUACAAGUUCCUUGGCGAAGACGUGGCACCUGUGGCCGAAGAGCAGAAAGGCUGGCUUUAUGAAGGCAUCACCUUUUUCGAUUUCUACACUGCUCGUUUGAAUUAUACCAUUCGUCCUCCCAUUUGGAAUGAAAGCGUUCCUAUCUCACCUUUAGGCAGUCAUAUCGUUAUCAGUAGUAACAAGUUUGGUGCUGUAGAAAACUUAGCACCCGACAUCAUCAACUUGGGUAACCUAAACCCUCAAGAGGCUUUUGUGGAUCCAAAAAAUUGCUAUGUCACCGAACCUUUCAAUGAAGAAGACGAAGACGAACAGCGCCUUGUCCAUUCAGUACCUAUCGUUUGGCGUCAACUAUUUCACAAAGACCGAACGACAAAGUUUGGUAGCUUUGUUCCACAGAAAACCGUGGAUUAUGUUACAUCCGAUCUCCAUAAUCAAAUUCCACCUCAUUGGCGUCAAUUGCCGAUUCCUCAAUUCUGGAAGGGCUUCACUCUUAGAAAUGAUACUGUGCCCAUGUUUAAUCCUGAUACUGCAUGUACUCGUAAUGCAGCACCUUUGGCUUAA